CAACCAAAUUCUGAGCAACCAAUUCGUUCGCUAACUUCACUUUUACCUUCACCUAAUUUAGUACCAAAUUACCUCAGCCUGACCUCUACAAAUGAAGAAUUGUGGACAGAAAUAAAAUUACUUAAUAAGAAUCAGCAUUCGAAACAGGUUGAAAAUCUGGAGCUUCUUAUGAGUGAAGAGUCACUGCGUUUGUUGAGGGAGGUGGAAGAAGAU